AUGGACAGCAGCGGCAACAACAACACAAACCAGAUCCAGCAGAAUCCUGGUCUGAUGGGAGCUCAUGCGCAAUACAUCAAGGGCCUAGGAGAAUCCACCAUUGGUAGCAUCAGCGGUUCCCAGGCCUGGUCUGCCUCGGGAGAGCAAGACAAAGCAGCCGCCGUCGACGCCAUGCGAAAGGCUGCCGACAAGAGAGAUCCGAACCAGGGUUACGGAAAGGCCGAGGAGUGGGCGGGCAAACUGACUGGCUGCGAGGGCAUGCAGAAGGAGGGCGCGGCGAGUUCCCAGAAGAGGAGCGACUGA